AUGGGGAAACAGACAGUUUCUAGCUCAUCUUUGCCAAGUGGAUGGAGGGAUCACUUACACUUGAGAAGAACUACUGAACAGCACGUGCCAGAGGUCGAGGUCCAGGUCAAACGUAGAAGGACAGCCUCACUGAGCAACCAAGAGUGUCACGUGUACCCACGAUGUUCUCAGCAACAGCAAGUUCCUGUGGUGGAUUUCCAGGCAGAACUGAGACAGACAUUCUUAGCUGAGACCCCAAGAGGUGGUUAAAGCAGUAUUGGAACUUCAAGUUGGUGGGAGUCAAGGAAAACAGGACCCAUCCACUGUUUGUGCAACUUUGGUCAAGCUUACAUUGUGUGUUAAUAGCCUGCAUCAAACCUUUAUUUAUAGCCCUUCCCCAAGUAUUAAGGAUCUUGAAAUUUUAGUGUUGACAACGGCUAUUGUGGAACAGCAAUCAUGACUGUGGGUAAGAGUAGCAAGAUGCUGCAGCACAUUGACUAUAGAAUGAGAUGUAUCCUGCAAGAUGGAAGAAUCUUCAUUGGCACAUUUAAGGCUUUUGACAUGUAUAUGAAUUUGUUCCUCUGUGAUUGUGAUGAGUUCAGGAAGAUCAAGCCAAAGAAUGCAAAACAGCCAGAACGUGAAGAAAAACGGGUUUUGGGUCUGGUCUUGCUACGUGGGGAGAACCUGGUUUCCAUGACUGUGGAGGGCGCACCUCCAAAAGAUACUGGCAUUGCUCCUGUGCCACUUGCUGGCGAUGCAGGUGGCCCUGGGGUUGGAAGAGCAGCUGGCAGAGGAGUACCAGCAGGUGUACCUAUUCCCCAAGCACCUGCUGGAUUAGCAGGCCCUGUCCGAAGAGUUGGAGGCCCAUCCCAGCAGGUCAUGACCCCACAGGGAAGAGGCACUGUUGCAGCUGCUGCUGUUGCUGCUACUGCUAGCAUUGCAGGAGCCCCAACCCAGUACCCGCCAGGAAGGAGAACUGCACCUCCACCUGUAGGCAGAGCAACUCCACCUCCAGGCAUUAUGGCUCCUCCACCUGGUAUGAGACCACCUAUGGGCCCACCAAUUGGCCUUCCCCCUGCUCGAGGGACACCCAUAGGCAUGCCCCCUCCAGGAAUGAGAACCCUCCACCAGGAAUUAGAGGCCCACCUCCCCCAGGAAUGUGUCCACCAAGACCCUAAGAUACAGUUGAUUAAUCUCAGCCCUUUGCUUUCCCUACAAUGCUUCUUGUGAAAUUGUGUAGCCUGCAAGCUUUUUGAUCCCUCUUACUGCAUUAACUAUAGAUAAUAAAUACAUAGAGCAAUU